CCGGGACUUGUUGUAGUCAUUUGUAUGUAAACCGUGAAUAAUGAGACCGACACCGCCGUGAUUGCAAAUUGGGUGUAAUUGCAAGUGUAUCGUGUUUACAAAUGUGAUCGCGACUUCAACUCCAGUGUGAACUGUUAGUGAAUCGCAAAAUGUUCGAUCGGCGGCUGCUGUAAUCGGUCGAGAUGAGCGUGUUCGGUGAUUUUCAGCAGGUUUGGGCGCAGAGAUGUCCUGGCAGUGCGCUGCCCAGCGCCUGGGAGGAAGAUAUCCGAGCCAAUCUGGAGAAACACAAGCAGAAAGUGAAGAAUCUGCAGGAAGAACUUGUUAAGGAGGAGACCUAUGUGGAGUAUCUUGAGCGACUAUUGUCCGACAUCGAGAAACGUAAAGAACCCGAAAAUUUGACUGACCAAAAUGUUGAUACACCCAUUUCCCUUAUCUCUGAAACCAUAUCUAAGGAAGCACCUAAAACUGAACCAAGUGCACCACCAUCAGAGUCACCUCAGGAUCAGGAGACUUCUGUUGACAAGUGCAUUAGUGAACUAUCUGCAACAUUGAAGAGCAAGAAGGGAGAUGAACUGAUUGAGGACUUGCAGGAUCCCAGUAGCUUUGUAACUGUCAUUGAAAUCAAUGGACAGAAGAAUAACUUGUCUGCAUCACCACCUUCUCCAGCAACAAAGCAACAACCACCAAUACCACCAGCAAAGCCAAAAGUAAAGCCAGCAUUGAUGAAAGAAGAUUCAACUUCAAUUGGUGGAGGCAGUGUUGAUUCUAUGUUAUCUUCAAAUGAGAAUUUGAAUGCAAUUGAUGAACCCUAUUAUGAUAUUGUUGCACCAGAAACUGAAGGGUCUAUUCUAAAAAGUGGCAGUUCCAGUACUGAAAAUGUAUUUUCCAAUUCAAGUACGUUGCCGCUUCAUGCAAAAAAUAGCAUUCUGAGUGCAGAGAUUGAACCACAAUCGCCUGAACCACAAGGAAAUUACGUUAACAUCGAAUAUUUUAUUCUGAAAAAUGGUGGUCAUGCAAGUGAAGAUGAAGACGAAGCGUUUACAGACGGUGCUCCCAUGCGCCAAGGCAAUGAUAGUGGUUCGUAUGCAAGCUCGAGUUCGCUGGAAUCAUCGACUCCUGCAACACGACGCAAGUUCAGCCAAGUUAGCCAAACUGACAGCGAACGCGGAGAAACAGAACGAUCACAAAUGUACAAGAGUCUUGUUAUGAACAUUAUUGAUAGUGAGACUAAUUAUGUGGAAUGGUUAUAUGUCCUGAUAGUGUACAUGAAGGCAAUUGAAGGGUCUUUGAAAUCAUCACAGCCGGUGAUGUCAAGCACCGAAUACGACACAAUUUUUUACAAAAUACCAGAAAUUCACCAAGUGCAUACUGCAUUUCUAGACGCUUUAAAGAAACAUUCCAAUAACUGGCAUACCAGAGUAGGCGACGCAUUUAAAUUGAUGGCAGCCAAUUUGGAGCUAUAUGGCGCAUUCCUAUCCAACUAUGGUAGGGCGGUUGACACUGCAAAGAAAUGUUCCGAAACAAAUCUACGUUUCGCGGAGAUUUCGAAAAAUAUUACAUGCAAGCAAGUUAGCAAACAGCAAUCUGUGUCGCUGGAAGAGCUACUGCACAAGCCGGUCGCACGCAUGCAGAAAAACACUUUAGUAUUAUACGACCUUGUGAAAUUGACACCGACUACAUCUCCUGAUUACAUCGUCUUCAUGGAGGUGCUGUACGAAGCGCAGAAAUUUUUGGAUCAGUUCAACAUGAUUCAAACCAAGUCCAUGUUCCCGGCCAACGACCGUGCCCAACGACGUCUAGUCAAAAAUUCGUUCAUCGUUGAAAACGUCGACGGCGGCAGAAAAUUGCGACAUUUGUUUCUAUUCAACGAUGUUAUCGCAUGUGCCAAGUAUAAGUCCACGGGUCGCAGCGAGAAGUACACUUUUGAACUGAAAUGGUUUAUUCCAGUCGAGGAUAUUGUCAUUCUCGAGGAGGUAACUGCGAAUCCACACGAAGUUCCCGCUUCGGAGUUGGUUUCGUUGAAAUCGCAGGCAUCAAAUGCUCGCGAUCAAAUACGUCAAGAAGAUAAAAAUGCGGAAGACAAGAAAGGGCGUGUUAGUCGCGGCGGUGAAAAGGUCCGAAAGCGGUUGUUGGAUCUGGAAAGUCAAUUGGUUCUCAAGUUUCCCAACUUAAUGUUCCGCAUUAAGCAAAAGCAAAGUCCGAAGAUUUACACGUUCUUCCAGUCAUCGGAAUUCGAACGCACGCAGUGGAUUGAAACGAUCAACACACUGCAGAAGACAAGCAGACCACCGACGCCAAACAGCAACUUUACUAUGCUGGAAUUACAAACGUGGAUUACCGCAUGUCGGGCAUAUUUAAAGACUAACAUGGGCUCGUAUCUUCUACGAAGUGGUCACGACGAGAGUUUACUUGUUGGCGAUUUGCAUAUCACCGUACAUGACUUGAAGGGAUUACAAUUUGCAGCUGAUGUUUUUAUAUGCAUUGAAGUAGACUUCUACGGUCAUUUUUGUCGUAAAGCUAAAACUAAGAUGAUUUGCAAUACUAGCACUCCGUCGUGGGAUGAAACAUUUGUGAUUGACUUGGAAGGGUGUGAAAACCUACGCAUAUUGAUUUACCGCGAGAAUGGAUCGAACGUUACUCUUAUUGGCAAAUUCACUCAGCAAUUGAGUCGCUUCUGGUUGAAGGAAACCCUAGUCGAACGUAAAAUCAACGUAUCUGGGAUUAUACUGCGCUAUGCUGUCAAGUUUAUGCCGUUUGAGGUAACUUUACGCCGCGUGCCCGGUAAAGGUGGGCCAUUGUUCGGAGAAAAAAUUCAACAAGUUUGCAAGAGACAAAAACGUGAUAUUCCGUUUAUUGUGACUGCGUGUGUUCGAGAAGUUGAAAGACGUGGCAUGUCGGAAGUUGGCAUAUAUCGCGUGUCAGGGUCUGCUUCUGAUUUGGCCAAAUUGAAGAAAUCAUUUGAAUCAAAUUCAUAUGAGGCUGAACAAUUUCUGAAAGAAGUUGACAUACAUUCCGUAACGGGCAUUCUGCGUUCAUACUUGCGCGAGUUACCAGAAGCAUUAUUUACUGACUCAUUGUAUCCGGUACUGUUGGAUACUUUUAACAAAUCUAACGAAAAUCUAACAAAACGUACUGAACUUUUGCGUGAAAACUUUAAGAAACUGCCAAAGGAAAACCAAGCAACAAUUGAGUAUAUAUUAGACCAUUUGAUAAAGAUAUUUAAACACGAAAACGAGAACAAAAUGUCGUUGCACAAUUUGGCCACCGUAUUCGGACCGACUUUACUACGUCCAGGCGGUAAGCUCGACAAACAGAAGAGUCAAUUGGCUUCCGAAACAAUAGACGUGAUGGCACAGGCCGGUAUUUUGUACUGUUUUUUACAAGAUAGAAGGACGGACUGCUAGAACAUCGUGCCUUCGUAUUUUAUUAUAAUCUAAAUAUUUAUACAGUCACACCUAUACACACGCAAAUUUGUACAAUGAAGAACGCUACCAAUCGUAAUACUUUAUUUCCAGUACUAUUAUCUUUAAGUAGAUCGUUACACUACUGUAUUGAUAUGAUAAGUACUAUUCCAUAGAUGAUAAUUAAUUCGCGGGACAACCGUAGUUCGCAAUAUGAGUAAAACAAUGUCUUGUAAUAUGAGUGUAGUAUGUUUAGUCUAAAAUAGGUAUAAUUUAUAUGUUAUUAGACGACGUAUCUUUAUUUAUACAUAUGUUAAUUAUGUAUCAUUUAGUAUCGAUUUAGAACUGAGCUAUACGCGAUCAAGCUUUUUUUCUUUUCGUUAUCACCGAUAUUUUUUUCUAAUGUUUGAUUAAAGAAAAACGAUUCAACGCAAGACUGAGAAGUGAAACAUAAUGGAAACCAACCAAGGAAAAUAUGAUAGCUAUUCCCUCCAAAUCUAUUAUUAAUCAGUAAUACAUCUAAUGUUUUCUAUUUUUCGUUUUGUAAUCAUUCGACUGUCGAAGCUGCAGCUCUUGGGAAUUACGAGGAAAAUGCCAGGAGGCUUAUUUAAUUUGGUUUAUAGAUUGGAUCAUGUGAAUUGUACUAGUGCAUUUUAUGUCACAUAAAUAAUUGUAAAUUUCUAUCAUGAUUUGUCUGCCAAAUAAAGGGAAAAUCGCAAAAUAAA